UCAGCCAUAUGCUCUGAGCUCAUGGUCCCUUGCCAACUCUACCACCCCAUGCACAUGGUUUGGUGUCCGCUGCAACUCCGCAGGCAGCAUCGUGCGGCUGAGCUUACCCAAUGCCAACCUCAACGGCACCCUCUAUGAAUUAGACUUUGCUUCUGUGCCCGGCCUCACCAAGCUCGACCUGAGUAUCAACCGCCUCUAUGGCCCCAUUCCUUCAAACAUCUCUGCUCUCUCCAAGCUCACGUCAUUAGACCUCAGCAGCAACAACUUCAAUGAAUCCAUUCCGCCAGAGAUCGGUCAGCUCUCCAAGAUGGUCGAUCUCCGUCUCUCCCGCAACAAUCUCGCUUGGCAAAUCCCACCGGAGAUUAGAUCGGCCACAAAGCUGCAAAUCCUAUUCCUCUCCUUCAACAACCUAUCAGGUCCAAUCCCACCAGAGAUUGGGAGGCUGGCCGACUUGCAGCAAUUGGAUCUAUCGGACAAUUCACUUGGUGGUCCAAUCCCUCCAGAAAUUGGGAGGCUGGCCGACUUGCAGCAAUUGGAUCUAUCGGCAAACAAACUAUCAGGUCCAAUCCCUCAGACAAUAGGAAACCUCACACAGCUCACUUUCCUGGCCCUCUACACCAACAACUUGAACGGCACAAUCCCAGCAGAGAUCGGAAACAAGAUGGCACUGACUAGCCUUGACCUCAGCACCAACCAAUUGGAGGGUGAGCUGCCGAAUGCCAUUGCUCAGCUUCCAAAUCUUGAGUUCAUUUCGGUCUCGUCCAACAACCUCGGCGGUCGCAUCCCUCGAGACCUCGGCCAAAAUGGGCAUUUGAAACGUGUCGAAUUUUCAAACAAUAGCUUCUCGGGGGAAUUGCCUCCAAAUUUAUGCGAGGGCUUUGCUCUUCAGUACUUAAUAGCGGAUCGCAACAACUUCACAGGUCCCCUGCCGGCUUGGUUGCGCAACUGCUCGGAACUGGUCCAAGUUGAGUUGGAGUGGAACCACUUCAUUGGAGAUAUAUCACAAGCUUUCAGCAUCCAUCCUAAACUAACCUCUUUGGAUCUCACUGGCAAUCAGUUGACGGGCACGCUGUCUCCAGACUGGGGGGAAUGCAAGAAUUUCAUUUAUUUGCACUUGGAUGGCAACAACAUCUCUGGUGACAUUCCACCGGCAUUCGGGAACAUGACCAACUUACAAGGCCUGAGCUUAGCUUUCAACUUUUUGUCCAGCACAAUCCCACCUCAACUGGGGAAUUUGAGUCUCUUAUACGCGCUCAACUUGAGUAGUAAUCAAUUAUCAGGGUCGAUUCCUUUGGAGUUAGGUGAUGCUGCCCAGCUUACUUCUCUCGAUUUCUCAGCAAACAAACUCAAUGGUCCAAUACCAACCGAGCUUGGUAAGUUGAGAAGUCUUGUAGUAUUGGAUUUAAGCAGAAAUGACCUCUCUGGACCAAUUCCUCAUAUAAUAAUGGGACUUGCAUCACUUAUUUCCUUGAAUUUGGCAAACAACAAUUUUUCUGGGUUGAUUCCGAGAUCAAUAGGUUCCUUGUCUUUGCUCCAAUCACUGCACUUAAACAAUAAUAGUUUGAUUGGAGAAAUACCUUCUUCAUUGAAGAACUGCACAUCUUUGGUCGUUUUAGACCUCGGGGAGAACAAGAUUCAUGGAAAUAUUCCAAGUUGGAUAGGAGAGGGGCUUUCAUCAUUGACGAUCCUCCGUCUAAGUUCGAAUAUGUUAAAUGGUAGCAUUCCUCCCCAGUUAUCACAUCUAUCUUCACUUCAGCUCUUAGACCUUGCACACAAUAAUAUCUCAGGAAGUAUCCCGCAGGGUUUAGGCAAUCUUACCGCAAUGGUGGCUAGCUCUUAAGAAAAAGGAAAAAAAUUGGAUUCCAUUUCCCACCUUGCCUCACCUAACUCCCAUGGAACCCUUUCCUACCUCACCCUCGCAAGUGAAUAUAUUUCCUAUAAGCCCCUUUAUCCAGAUCAGAUAGGUUGCUCCAGUAAUUACUACUGUACAGUCUCUGGCCAGGAUGACUCCUUUCACUACAGUGAGAGCAUUUCCAUAAUCUGGAAAGGAAGAGAGUAUGUUUUUCAACAGACGCUUUCACUAAUG